ACACACACCGGGACCUGCUGCUCCUCGCGGCCGCCGCACGCGCUCCAGACCCCGGCCGCAGGAUCCGCUCUGAGCCGCUGUCCGGAACCAUGGCCCCGCGCGGUCUUGAUUCGAGAUGCCGCUCCUCAAAGAUCUUCGUCUGAGAGGAGGAGGUCCCACUCUGCACAACGCUCUGGUCCUGAGGAGGAUGAGCCUGAACAUCACCGCACACAUGAACCCCUUCACUGACGACGGUCUGGACGGGGACAGUCAGGGCUGGUCUCCGGGCAGCUCUCUGUUAGACGGGGACGUGCCUCGGGACAGAAACCCUUUCGAGGACGAGGAGGACGAGAACGAGGCCAACGAGGGCAAACGGGGCGGAGUCAAUGGCAAGGGGGGCGGGUCCGCGGGCAAAGGGGGCGGGUCCGGGGGCAAAGGGGGCGGGUUCAAGUUCGUGUCGCCGCUGAGGACCCUGGGCAAACUGGGCAAGAGCCUGAGGACGUCGGGCCGCGGCGGGAAGGACGCCACACCCUCGCCCUCCGACUCACCGGGAGAGAAGAAGAAGAGAGGGAGGCGGAGCUCCGAGGGCUCGCUGCUCAGGUUCGCGGGCCGGUACCGGGACUCGCUCUCUCGUAAAGACUGUAUCUCAAACGGAGGAGACGUGGGACCUGACGACGACUCCCAGAGCCGCCGGAGCCUGAUGAAGAUCGUCCUGGGGAAACACAAGAGAGAAUCCGGAUCCGAGCGGGUCUCACAGGGACCAGAACCAGGACCAGAACCAGAACCAGAGGAGCUGGUCAAACCCAGAGAGCCACUGUCAGUAAAUCAAGAUCGUUUUUUCAGUGUUCUUCAGCAGGAGGAGCAGGUGGACCAGGUGUUCCUCAGCUCUCAGACGGAGGUGUGGAUUCCCUCGUCCUCGUCGGGUCCGAGGCCUCGUCGGCUCCGGCAGCGCUGGGCGGAGGCCGUGGGGGAGAUGGCCGACUCCUCGCUCCCCCUCAAAACCCAGUUCUCGGCCGGGUUCUUGGACCGUUUCUUGGACCAGAUCAAGACCAGAGUCGUGGAGGACCUGAGCGCCGCCAAGAAGAACGUGGUCUCCAUCUACCCGCCGGAAUAUCAACCGUUUCAGGUGUAUUCUCAGAGUUACCACACGGCGGUGACAAAAAGACUGAGCUCCAUCACAGAGACACAACUGCAGACCACAGACGUCUACUCCCUCCUGGACUGGGUCUACAACAUCUACAACAGAGAUGUUCUUGCUCCGUUCUCCUGCUCGGGUUUGUCUCCUCUGCUCAACUCAGACACUGUGGACCGACUGGAGCUGGACUGUCUCAACUCUGUGCGGGCCAAAGUGACGACGGAGCUGGUCCAGGUCCUGGAGGAAGAAGAGAAGAGAUGGAUGGAAACUCUGCACAUCGAAGAAUAUAACCUGCCCCUGGUCAACACCGUCAUCCAGAGACUGGAGGUGGACCUGGAGCGUUCGGCUUCUGUGAACCAGACUCUGGGGUCCAGAGUGGCUCAGUGCAGUCUGAACGGACUCGCAGACUUUUUCUACAGUUUCCAGCGUAAAGUGGAGUUGUUCCACGAGGGUCUUCAGGGUGGGAUGUACGGAGACAACGAGGACGGAUACGUGUCCAAGACCAUCGCCCUGGUCAACUGCUGCCCCCCCUUCAGGACCUUCUCUGAGCGCUGUGCUCAGUCGGAUCCUCUCCAGUCGGACGAGUCUCUGCGUCGAGCGUCUCGAGCUCUCGACGCCGUCGUCCAGAGCGGCGUCCGAGUCCUGUCAGAGAGACUCAACCACAGCAUCAAGCCUCUCUUCGAGCGUCUGGUGAAGAGGAAGUGGCUCAGUUCUCCAGAACCGUUUGAACAGAUUCAAAACAUCAUCAGAGAAAACUUCAAGAAAUAUCAGAGAAUGGAAAACCCACCGUAUCAGGCCCUGGUGUCGGAGGUGCACCGUCGGGUCCUCACAGAGUACCUGCGCUCGGUGAUGAGAGGACGACUCAUCUGCACUUCGGCCAAAAUGAGACGACGGACGGCGCAGAGGCUCCGGGGGGGAGACGCCAUGACGGAGCUGUUCAGGACUCUGGAGUCUCCGUGUGUGUGGUUGGAGGGGGCUCUCUCUCAUCUCUCUGAGAUCAUUCACCUGGAGGAUCUGCCCUCCAUCCAGAUGGAAGUGGGAGUCCUGGCCCAAGAGUAUCCAGAUAUCAGGAGGAAGCACGUGUCGGCCGUCCUGAACCUCCGCGGUCUCACCCGUCAGACGGAGCGGGUGGAGAUCCUGAACGUGCUCAAGGACCUGGAAUCCAACCAGGACUCGUGGGACCUGCCCCGGGACCGCGCCCUCUUCUCCGACGUCCCCGUGACCUCGGAGCUCCACUGCGUCAACGUGGGCCUCAGCCGGAUCGCGCUCACCGCCACGUCCUGCUUCACCAGCCUCAGACCCAAACGGAAAACCAAACGGACCAGGAGAGAGACCAACGAAGACGACGGGCUCUGAACCGGGACUAAACCAGGACUAGACCAGGACUGAACCACGACUAGACCAGGACUGAACCACGACUGAGACCAGGACUGAACCAGGACUGAACCAGGACUGAACCAGGACUAAACCAGGACUAGACCAGGACUGAACCAGGACUGAACCAGGACUAGACCAGGACUGAACCACGACUAGACCAGGACUAAACCAGGACUAAAUCAGGACUGAACCAGGACUGAACCAGGACUAAACCAGGACUAGACCAGGACUGAACCACGACUAGACCAGGACUGAACCAGGACUGAACCAGGACUAAACCAGGACUAGACCAGGACUGAACCAGGACUGAACCAGGACUGAACCAGGAUUAAACCAGGACUGAACCAGGACUAAAACAGGACUAAACCAGGACUGAACCAGGACUAAAACAGGACUAAACCAGGACUAGACCAGGACUGAACCAGGACUGGACCAGGACUAAACCAGGACUGAACCAGGACUAAAACAGGACUAAACCAGGACUGAACCAGGACUAAACCAGGACUGAACCAGGACUAAAACAGGACUAAACCAGGACUGAACCAGGACUAAACCAGGACUAAAACAGGACUAAACCAGGACUAGACCAGGAUUGAACCAGGACUGGACCAGGACUAAACCAGGACUGAACCAGGACUAAAACAGGAUUAAACAAGGACUGAAUCAGGACCAAACCGGGAUUAAACCAGGACCAAACCAGGACUAAACCAAGACUGAAUCAGGACUAAACUCAGACUCGUCUCUUUCCACCAUCGGUAAAACGGUUCUGAGUUUUCGAUCAGUUAACGUUGGAUUUCUGCAGAAUCUUAAAGACGUUUUCGGGUCUCGGACCAAACUGGAACAGGGGAUAUUUACUUUUUAAACUUUCACAGAUUAAUAAUGAAAACAUAAUCGUAUUUCCGUGAUUUCAUUCUCUGCAAGUGCAAUGAAAAAACUUUUACUUUUAACUUUUGUAACGCAGAUUUAACCUGAGAGCCGCGUCCCGUUUCUCUUUCCUCUCUUCAGUGUCUCAGUCCGUCAAAAUAUCGUCUUGAAAAGAUCCCCGCGAGAAUUUUUUGUCGUUUCAAAUUGCCAAUGAAAGUUCAAAAUAGCAUUAAAGUGCGGAGGCCGAGAGGGUCACAACAAACGCAAACGCCGCAACAAAUACAAAUGCGACAACACAACAAAAAGCCACAACACACCAAAAAAAGCCACAACGGAAAUGACCGCGGGACUCUGUUUUAAUGCAAACACCACAACGCAAAUGCAAAUGCCAAAACACAAAUGCAAAUGCCACAACACAUUAAAAAGCCACAACACAAAUGCAAAUGCCACAACACAACAAAAUGCCACAACACAUCAAAAAGCCACAACAUAUUAAAAAGCCACAACACAUCAAAAAGCCACGACAUAUUAAAAAGCCACAACACAUCAAUAAGACACAACACAUUAAAAAGCCACAACACAACAAAAAGCCACAACACAUUAAAAAGCCACAACACAUCAAAAAGCCACAACAUAUUAAAAAGCCACAACACAUCAAAAAGCCACAACACAUUAAAAAAGCCACAACACAUUAAAAAGCCACAACACAACAAAAAGCCACAACACAUCAAAAAGCCACAACAUAUUAAAAAGCCACAACACAUCAAUAAGCCACAACACAUUAAAAAGCCACAACACAUUAAAAAGCCACAACACAACAAAAAGCCACAACACAUUAAAAAGCCACAACAUAUUAAAAAGCCACAACACAUCAAUAAGCUACAACACAUUAAAAACCCACAACACAUUAAAAAGCCACAACACAACAAAAAGCCACAACACAUUAAAAAGCCACAACACAUUAAAAAGCCACAACACAACAAAAAAGCCACUACACAUUAAAAAGCCAUAACGGAAGUGACCGCGGGACUCUAUUUUCCGACGGACCGAUCAAGAGGCAAGUGAAGAAGAAGAACUACAACCUGAAACGAAUAACGAUAAAACAAUAAAUUACUUUUACGUACGUUUCCAACUUCUCCGUUCCUUUACUUUUCACGUUGUAGUUCUUCUUCUUCACUUGCCGCUUGAUCGGUCCGUCGGAAAAUAAAGUCCCGCGGUCACUUCCGUUGUGGCUUUUUGUUGUGUUGUGGCUUUUUAAUGUGUUGUGGCUUUUUAAUGUGUUGUGGCUUUUUGUUGUGUUGUGGCGUUUGUAUUUGUUGCAGCGUUUGCAUUAAAAUAAAGUCCCGCGGUCAUUUCCGUUGUGGCUUUUUUUGGUGUGUUGUGGCUUUUCGUUGUGUUGUCGCAUUUGUAUCUGUUGCGGCGUUUGCGUUUGUUGUGACCCUCUCUGCUUCCGUAUUAUAGAGACGCAGCAGCCUUGUAAUUAUCAUGACCAAAAAAAAGAAAAUUAAAAUCUCUCAACUGUGGACGCGGUGAGGCCAGAUAAACAUCAGCCAAUAGAAAACGAGGCUGCCUUAUUUUCUAUUGGCUGUUCUGUUCCCAAAACCAAAAUGAAAAAAAGGAUAACGAUUCAUUUUUUCAGUUUAAGAUUUGGUGUUCCAGGGAAACGGCCGUUAUCCAUUUUUUCCAUUCUUCAUUUAAACACCAAAUCUUAAACUGAAAUAAUGAAUCAUUAUCUGUGUUUUCAUUUUGGUUUUGGAGACAAAUAGCGAAGAAAACUGUUGUUUUUUUGUUUUCUUAUUUUUGGUUUUAUAUUGAAAAACGAAUGAACGAAUGAUACAUGGAUUCAGGUGUAACCCUGUCGUCAUCUCACUGAACACAUCUCAGAACGUUUAAGAAACUAAAUAUGAACUAAAAACUAUUCAAUUAAAACUAUUGAGUUUGGAAAAAAAUUUGAAUAAAUUUAUAUUUUUGUUAAUAAAAUGGCAAAUAUUUGUAGGGACUAGUUUGUUUUCCCCAAAUUUUGACAUGUCCCACCGUCCCAACGCAAAAACCUGCGUCCUUGAGCACAUUUCUGCAGAUCAAACUUUAGUCUCUGUUCACACUUACGUCACAAACCUGGAACACGUCUGGAAACAUGCGAUGAAAACUUCCUCUGGGCUCUGUUCAUCUGUUCGCCGUCGAUUUCUCACAAAAUCUAUGAAAAAAUGAGAAAAUGGUCCAGUUUUCAAAGUCAAAGUCAAAAGUGAAGUUUACAGAAUUGCAAUUUCCCCAGACGUAAACUGACAUUUGUUUAGUUAAAACUCAGAAAAGCUGCAGAAAAACGACCAAAACACAAAGAAAAUAUUACUAAACUGACUCACGUUGGUCAUCAAAGGGCCGAGUGCAGAACAAUUCUCCUUAAUCACGACUCGAUUCACAAUUUUAUUAUCACCAAUUGCCACAAACCAAGGAUCUGUCGGUUUUUUAUUUUGAAAAUUUUGGAUUUGCUUGACACCUGAAAAAAAGGAGAGAAGCGAGGAAAGAGAAAACGAGCGUGAGUGUAGUAACGUUUUAAACCUGCAGGAGGCAGCGCGGCCAAAAGACUCAACACUCCAACUCUGCCACUCAAAUGAGACUUUUUACAAAUAUAUUUUAUUAUUUUAAAUUUGAAGUGUUUUUUUUUUUUUUGUAAAUCAAACGGGGAUAAUUUUAAGCGUCUUGUAUUUUUGCACAAUUAUCGGUACUGUUCUGAUUUGAAUUGUUGAUGUAUUAAAGUGUAUAUGAUGGAAAAAGUCAAUCAUUAUUAAAAGACUGAAUUAAAUAUGUCAGAUUUUCCCACAUGAACUUGUGGAUAACUUUGUAUUUUCUGCACAUUUCUUUGGAAAAAACAAACUGGAAAUAAAAACACUUUUUUUGUGUCACA